CAACCAUGUCUCUCAAGGUCUUCGUCCUCGCCUGCGUGGCUGUCAUCGCUCAGUGCGACAAGGCCCCAGUCUACGCCCCUCCUCCUCCAGCCUACACCCCUGCACCUUACCACGCCCCCGAACCCGCCUACCACGCCCCUGCACACUACGAGCCCGAAUACCCUGAUGUGCCUCCCAAGUACAACUACAACUACGGCGUCGCCGACGGCUACUCCGGCGCCAACUUCGCCGCCUCAGAGUCCCGCGACGGCUACAAGACCGAUGGCAGCUACACCGUCGACCUCCCCGACGGCCGCAAGCAGAUCGUCAAGUACGUGGACAACGGCGACGGUUAUGUAGCUGAGGUCACCUACGAGGGCGAGGCUCAGUACCCCGAGUACAAGCCCACCUACAAGCCCGCUCCCCCCGCCUACGCCCCCCCUCCCCCACAUCCUCAACUUAUUGACUGCUCUUCGGGGAAUUUGGGAAUAGUCACAGUGCUCGUGUCUGAUAUAUUUUCUGUAUUAGGAAUAUUCCCAAUAUCCUUAGCAGUCAUGAAUUUGUCUAAUCAAAAAUACCGUAUAUAA